UCAUGCAGUAAUUAUGCCACUGCCGUGACGUAACUGAGACGUGAGAAAUCCUCUGUUGGUGAUUUGAUCAGACAAACGGUAGGAAAAUGUCGCUUUCUAAAUAAUUCAGACAUUUGAUUUUGCUUCCUCCCCCUUGAAGACUGAACUUCCAGCAAACUCCCUCUAAAUCUGACAGACUGACUUACUGAAGUCCAGUAACGCUGACCGACACAUCACGAGCGCGGUGUGGACGCCACGAGGGAAUAACGCUUGUGGAUUCUACCCGUAGCAAACAACAUUUCUUGUUUCAAUGCAUUUCCUUUAGGAAUAUAGUAAUGUGGAGACUCCUGUCGUGGAUUCUUUCGAUAGCCAGUUUGCACCAGGCCAGUUCCCACAACUCCACAGACUCUCCUCUUGCGACCACCGUUUUGGACCCUCGUAACCGAAAUCGAUACUGCCAAUGGCCUUGUAAGUGCCCUAAGAAUGCCCCUGUUUGCCCACAUGGGGUCAGCCUGUUGACCGAGGGAUGUGACUGCUGCAAGGCCUGUGCCAAGCAGCUGGGGGAGACCUGUAAUGAGAGAGAUACCUGUGACUAGCAUA